GUUGUUAGCCAUUUGUGAUGCUUCUACUCUUAGGGGCCUUAAAUUUGGCCUUCAGGCAUGGGAGGUUUGAAAGGAAAAAAUUCUAAAAUUCCGAUUUUGAUGGAAUAGAAUUUUGUGAUGAAGUAUUGGGGAGGGCAUUCAGCUAUAGUUUAUAUACAUUUGAGAAAAAAAUGCCAGCAGUCUUUGUGUGAGAAUUGAAAGGAUGUGGCAUGGAGAGGAUUAUAGCAAUGCCACUUAGGCCUUUUCCAAGAAAAAGUCCAUUGUUAUGUUUAAAUGAAUUCAGGUACUUGAUUGAUUCUGCAGAUGUAACAGCGAUUAAGGUUUUCAUCUGUCAUGAGCAGCUAGGAGACCAGGGAUUACCCAAAUAUCCAUUGGGAUAUUUUACUUCUUGAUUCUGAUUAAGUUCUGAAAGUAAAUGUUGUAGUCUUAUUAGGUGUGUUUGCCAGUAAAACGUACUUGUCCAAAAUUAGCCUUAUGCAACAGCCUAGUAAAACUGGUUGGCAACAAUGACCGGGAAUCUGAGUAUUGGGCAUUUGCAGUUUGGAGGACUUUGAGGGAUCUGUUUCAUAAUGAUGCCAUCAUUUGUCUGUGAACUGUCGUUUUUUGCUGGCCUAGACCUGAAUUCUUCAGAUAAUCAGAGUGGAGGAGGUACAGCGAGUAAAGGACGUUAUAUUCCUCCUCAUUUAAGGAACAGAGAAGCUUCUAAGGGUUUCUAUGAUAAAGAUAGUUCAGGGUGGAAUUCUGGUAAAGAUAAGGAUGCAUAUAGCAGUUUUGGCUCUCGUAGUGAUGCAAGAGGAAAGUCCAGUUUCUUCAGUGAUCGUGGAAGUGGAUCAAGAGGAAGAUUUGAUGAUCGUGGAAGAAGUGACUACGAUGGCAUUGGCAGUCGUGGUGACAGAGGUGGCUUUGGCAAAUUUGAACGGAGUGGGAAUAGUCGGUGGUCUGAUAAAUCAGAUGAAGAUGACUGGUCAAAACCACUUCCACCAAGUGAUCGCUUGGAGCAGGAACUCUUCUCUGGAGGAAACACUGGAAUUAACUUUGAGAAAUAUGACGACAUUCCUGUUGAGGCAACAGGCAAUAACUGCCCCCCACAUAUUGAAAGUUUUAGCGAUGUUGAGAUGGGAGAAAUUAUCAUGGGAAAUAUUGAACUUACUCGUUACACUCGUCCUACUCCAGUGCAGAAACAUGCUAUUCCUAUUAUCAAAGAAAAGAGAGACUUGAUGGCUUGUGCCCAAACAGGAUCUGGAAAAACUGCUGCAUUUCUUCUGCCAAUUUUGAGUCAGAUUUACACAGAUGGCCCAGGCGAAGCAUUGAGGGCUAUGAAGGAAAAUGGAAGGUAUGGGCGUCGCAAACAAUAUCCAAUCUCCCUGGUUUUAGCACCAACGAGAGAAUUAGCAGUACAGAUCUAUGAGGAAGCCAGAAAGUUUUCAUAUCGAUCCAGAGUUCGUCCAUGCGUAGUCUAUGGUGGUGCCGAUAUUGGUCAGCAGAUUCGAGACUUAGAACGUGGAUGCCACUUACUUGUGGCAACACCAGGACGUCUAGUAGAUAUGAUGGAAAGAGGAAAGAUUGGCUUAGAUUUUUGCAAGUAUCUAGUGUUGGAUGAAGCUGAUCGAAUGCUCGAUAUGGGGUUUGAGCCUCAGAUUCGUCGUAUUGUUGAGCAAGAUACUAUGCCACAAAAGGGAGUUCGCCACACUAUGAUGUUUAGUGCUACUUUCCCCAAGGAAAUACAGAUGCUUGCUCGUGACUUCUUGGAUGAAUAUAUCUUUCUGGCUGUAGGCAGAGUUGGCUCUACUUCUGAGAACAUCACACAGAAAGUAGUGUGGGUGGAAGAAGCAGACAAACGGUCAUUUCUGCUUGACCUCCUAAAUGCCACAGGUAAAGAAAAUUACGACGAAUUUCAGCACAGCUCUGGUGGCUCAGGCAAAGAUUCACUGACCUUAGUGUUUGUGGAGACCAAAAAGGGGGCAGAUUCCUUAGAAGAUUUCUUAUACCAUGAAGGAUAUGCUUGUACCAGUAUCCACGGAGACCGAUCUCAGAGAGAUCGAGAAGAAGCACUUCACCAGUUCCGCUCAGGAAAAAGCCCAAUUUUAGUAGCUACAGCAGUAGCUGCAAGAGGACUGGAUAUUUCAAAUGUGAAACAUGUCAUAAACUUUGAUUUGCCGAGUGAUAUUGAAGAAUAUGUACAUCGAAUUGGUCGUACAGGUCGUGUUGGGAACCUUGGUCUUGCCACUUCAUUCUUCAAUGAUAGGAAUGCCAAUAUCACCAAGGAUUUGCUGGAUCUUCUUGUUGAAGCUAAACAAGAAGUGCCAUCAUGGCUAGAAAAUAUGGCUUAUGAACAUCACUAUAAGGGUAGCAGUCGUGGACGUUCUAAGAGUAGUAGAUUCAGUGGAGGUUUUGGUGCCAGAGACUAUCGACAAAGUAGUGGUGCCAGCAGUUCUAGCUUUAGUAGUAGUCGAGCAAGCAGCAGCCGCAGUGGUGGCGGAGGUGGUGGUCAUGGUAGUAGCAGAGGAUUUGGUGGAGGUGGCUAUGGAGGCUUCUACAACAGUGAUGGAUAUGGAGGAAAUUAUAACUCCCAGGGGGUUGACUGGUGGGGAAAUUGAAUCUGCUCACAGCAGGUCACCCUACCAAACAAGCUAAUAUGGAAACCACAUGUAACUUAGCCAGACUAUACCUUGUGUAGCUUCAAGAACUCGCAGUACAUUACCAGCUGUGAUUCUCCACUGAAAUUUUUUUUUUAAGGGAGCUCAAGGUCACAAGAAGAAAUGAAAGGAACAAUCAGCAGCCCUAUUCAGAAGGUGGUUUGAAGACUUCAUUGCUGUAGUUUGGAUUAACUCCCCUCCCACCCAUCCCUACCCCAAACUGCAUUUAUAAUUUUGUGACUGAGGAUCAUUUGUUUGUUAAUGUACUGUGCCUUUAACUUUAGACAACUUUUAUUUUGAUGUCCUGUUGGCUCAGUAAUGCUCAAGAUAUCAAUUGUUUUGACAAAAUAAAUUUACUGAACUUGGGCUAAAAUCAAACCUUGGCACACAGGUGUGAUACAACUUAAACAGGAAUCAUCGAUUCAUCCAUAAAUAUUACAAGGAAAAACUUAUGCGGUAGCCUGCAUUAGGGCUUUUGAUACUUGCAGAUUUGGAAAAACAAAACCAAAAACCAAAACAAACAUCUUGAAGCAUAUCAAUGGAAUUAGUUUCUAAUGUGGCAAACUGUACUAAGUUAAAGUUCUGAUUUGCUCACUCUAUCCUGGAUAGGUACUUAGAACCUGAUAGUCUUUAAUAAGCCAUUCCAGUCAUGAUGAGGUGAUGUAUGAAUACAUGCAUACAUUCAAAGCACUGUUUUCGAAGUUAAUGCAAGUAAAUACAGCAAUUCCUCUUUCAAUGUUUAGGCAGAUCAUUAAUGUGAGCUAGCCAAAUGUGGGCAGAAUAUUACAGGGAAAGUUUAAAGGUCUGAUAACUUGAAAUAGUUUUUAGGAGAAUUCAUCUAUUUAGACUUUUUAAAUGCCUGCCAUAAAUGAAAAUUGAAAUGGUAGAAUGGCUGACCACAGCAGUGAUCGGUCCUCUUUAAGGGCCUGGCUGAUUUUGGUCUAAUAACGCAUGCUAGUGUUGAUGUUUUUUGGUCAAGAGGGUAUGAACAGGAAGAAUUAUGCAGCAGGCUUUAUUUUAAUGCAGAUUCACAUUACUCUGUUCAAGCUGCGUUGAGAUGUUAAACUGGCUUACUGUAGACUUUGUAAAAAUGGCUCCAGAAGAGUAACAAACUGAAAUCUUUUGAGAUCACAGAGGUUGGAAAUAUGUACAUAACUGCACAAGGUGUCAAUUCUGCUAUCAGUGCAGUUUUAGUCAGUUUUAGUUGCAUAGGUUUCCAUUGUAUUUAUAGUCUGUUUAUGCUAAAUCUGGCCAAAGAUGAGUAUUGUCCACCACUAAAAAUGCCUCUGCCACUUGGAAUUUCUGUGCUAACUUUGUGGCCAGAGUGCCGUGAUCAAAACUCUCGAUCUUUUUUCAGUGGCAUAGGAAGACGGCAAAAAUCUCCUAAAGUGCAAUAGAUAUUCAAGUGUAUUGUGCCUUGUUAUAAAACUUUUAUUAAGUAGGUGCACUUGACAGUAUUGAGGUCAUUUGUUAUGGUGCUAUUUCAAUUAGUCUAGGUUUAGGCCCUUGUACAUUUUGCCCAUAACUUUUUACAAAAUUCUUCUUUUAUUGCACAUUCAGAGAAUUUUAUAUAUAUGUCUUGUGUGCGUGUCCUUAAACUUCCAAUCUUAUUUUGUCUCUUGGAGAUUGUUGAACGCAGCUUGUCUAAGAAGGGGAAGGGACUAGAUUCUAAAAUUUAUUUGGGACCAUGGGAAUGAUAGUUGGGAAGAAAACUAUUUGCACACGACAGAUUUCUAGAUACUUUUUGCUGCUAGUUUUGUGUAAUAUUUAUUGAACAUUUUGAAAAAUAUUUAUUUUUGUAAGCCUAAAAGUGAUUCUUUGAAAGUUUAAAGAAACUUGACCAAAAGACAGUACAAAAACACUGGCACUUGAAUGUUGAAUGUCACCGUAUGCGUGAAAUUAUAUAUUUCGGGGUAGUGUGAGCUUUUAAUGUUAAGUCAUAUUAAACUCUUAAGUCAAAUUAAGCAGACCCGGCAUUGGCAGUGUAGCCAUAACUUUCUGAUGUUAGUAAAACAAAAUUGGCAACUUGAAAUUAAAACAUGCCAAGGUUUUGAUACACUUGUCUUAAGAUAUUAAUGAAACACUUCUAAACACUGAUGUGAAGUGUCCAGAUUCUCAGAUGUUUGUUGCGUGAGUUUUGUUUAGUUGUGUGUUUUUUUUUUUUUUUUUUUUUUUUUUUUUGUUUGUUUUUGUUUUUGUUUUUUUUUUUCUCCGUGAAUGUCUGGCACAUUGCAAUCCUCAAACAUGUGGUUAUCUUUGUUGUAUUGGCAUAAUCAGUGACUUGUGCAUUCAGCGGUAACAUUUUAGCAAGUUUUAUCAGCCAGCAAUAUUUUCAGUUCAUAAAUAAGGAUUCAAAUCAUAUGCAAGAAUGGAUUUAAACUUGCUGAAUGUAAAGAUUGAACUUCAAGUCACUGUAGGUUUAGUAAUUGCUUAUUGUAUUAGUUUAGAUGCUAGCACUGCAUGUGCUGUGCAUAUUCUGAUUUUAUUAAAAUAAAAAGUUGAACUGCAGAGUCUACUUUUCUUUGUUGCUCUCACUUGCAGCCCAAUAUUAGGUGAAAGUAAAUACAGAUUGCUUUGUAAAAAAUUCCUGUUACUUUUUCAACUAUAAAUGAGUGUGAAAUGGGAAAUUUUAAGUUUUUAUCCUAACAUCCAGUAUACAGAUAAGUUGUUUCUUAGAAAUACACUAAAAUAACUUUAGUGGCUCAAGUCAGUAACUAUUUAGUAACAGACUGGAGUUGGAGUUGGAAAAUUCCACAUUUGCCACCAACUAUCAACUUAUCUGUGACCUUGUGAAAGUUCAUGACCUCUCCUUGUGUAUAAUGAGUGGGAUAUAUUGGAUAAAUUCUAUCCAAUUUUAAAUAGUAAGAAAUUUGAUAGAUAACAGGCAUUGGUGGUAAAGGGACAUAGAUAUAUUGCAAGAUAAAAACGGGUAGGGUUUGGCCUGGGUUCUUAAUGAACUUCAUGUUAACUUAGCUAGGGGAGUUAUGUCUGUUAGCUUUUAAAAGCCCAACUGCAUUUUAGAAACAAUUUAUUAAACCUAUUCUAAGCAGGAUACUUGGGGAUAUGAACUGGCCCUGUCAUCAAGAAGUUGAUAUCCUGAGUUAAAAAUAGGUACAUAAACACAUAAAGCAAUUUCAAGCAAGUGUACCAGUAAACAGCAAUCUUAAAAGUUGUAGGAAGAAAAGGAAUGAGACCUUAGGCUUGGGAGGAGGCAGUUAACAUCUCAAUUGUAUGCUUGGUGAGUGGAAACGGUAGAUAAGGAAGACUGACAUGUAGUCCUGUGCUAACGAUUUAUACCCCGGUAAGCCUCAAAUCAACAUCCUAAAUAGAAUGUAAUUUUUGAAAACAUGUUAGGAAUUGCUCUUGCCUAACUGGCUAAGGGAAAAUCGACUGAAUCAAAUUUAAUUAUAUAGGUUAUGUAAAAAUGAGUUGUGUACAAAAAUUAGAAUUAAAAAGAUUGUCAACCUGGGGAAAUUGUUCUUGAUGUCACUUAUCCCAAUAAAUGGUCAUAAGAUGACUGGAUAGACCUUUCAAAAAGGAAAUAACACUUUAAAUCACUACUAUUAAAUUCAAAUUGGCAACUGAAGCUUCAUUUCAAUGACAAAAUUGGCUAAAGUGAAUAAAGAAUGGAAAUGAUUGCAGGGUUGCAGGAAGACGGGCUCAUUAACACUUGGAAGUGGGCUGGCCUGACCAUUCUGAAAAAAAAAAAAUUGGAAUUCUUUUGUCAAGUCUCUGAACUUCAUUCUGGCCAUUUUCCUCAUGCUGUUGCAUGCCUCUGUGGACCCCCUUGGUCUCCAAUCUGCGCUUCUGCCUUCUGCCUAGGGGCCUUUCAUUCCUGAUUGAUGCGAGUUCACCAUAUACAACAGCCACAGACUCACCGCUCUGCAUUCUGGCAAUCUUAUCAAGGAUGUGGCAAUCUAUUGCCCAAGACUCAAUCUGUCCCUUUGACUUCCCAGAGCAUAAUUUCCUGGCUACCAUUUUCCUGUGUGUGUUGUUUUCCUCUGAGAAUGUAAGCUCCUUGAGGGCAGGAACUAUUAAUUGCUUUUUGUAUUUGUAUCUCCAGUGCUUAGCACAGUGCCUAGCAUGUAGUAAAUGCUUAAUAAAUGCUUUAAUUCAUUCA